UAGUUUCAGGCAGGGAUGCGAACACAUCUCCGUCAUGGCUAGUGGCGGGAGGGAGGAGGUUCAAGAGCUAUUAGAAAAGUUGCAUCAUUUUACAUCUGGGAAUGAGCUGAGGAAUGCAAGAAGUGCCAGAGACAUAGUAGUGGAUAUAUCAGAGUAUCUGACUAAAGACUUAUCACCUGUCCAAUACGACUUGUACCUGAGUGAUGUAUUUGGAGAAAAAGGAAUUAUUGCAUUUGGCACCAGAGUCACAAAGGAACAAGCAUUUGUAGAUGUCAGGAACAGCACCCUUGAUUUGAUCAUCACAAUUCUUAAGAAAGACAUAAAAAAGAUUAUAAAAUAUGUUGGUGAUAUCACAAAUUACACUUUGUUUCUUUACAAUGCUGACAAGUCAACCAAAGUGUGUGCACAUGCCCUUGAAGCCUUCUGUCUUGUUUUGGAGAAAUGUUCUUCACAUGUCAAUGUUCAAGAUAUUAAUUUGCAUCAACUUAUUGAGGGAAUUUGUAUCCAAACUCAGAGGUACAAAGGAUCUACAGUAUUACAUCAUCAACUUCGGACCCUUGGAAUGCUUGCAAAGGUGUUUCCUGAGAAUGUUCGUCGCCAUUCAAGCAUGAUAUUGAAAAUUUACAAGGAACACUUAGCCAAACAUAUGGGACAAAAAACAGACCUGAUUGCCUUGGCAGGAGUACUUCGAGGACUGACUUUGUAUCUUUGUCACUUUCCAGAAGGGAUAGAUGAUGAUCCCCUUUUAUAUAAAACUUUAUUUGAACAUGUUCGUAAAGCCUUGAAUCCUAAUCUGGAUUUGCACCGGAGAGAUGCACAAAGAGCUGCUCUAGAGUUGAUCAGCAGCCAUGGAGAUAAAUUUUCAGCUCAACUCUAUGAUCAUUAUGACACACUGUUCCCAUGGUUUGUCCAAUGGUGCUCCUCCAAGAAUCGGGAUGAUUACAAAGCUGCAAUUCCUGCCUUGGAUACAUUCAUCACAGUGCUCUCUAACAUUUUAGAACUGCAGUCACCAGAAGAUAAGAAGACCGUUGAAAUUUUUAAGUAUCUGCUGCAGGAGUAUAAUAAGAUGCUUGAAACUGGCAAGAAUACCAAUCAAGUUAGUCUGGCAGUGAAAGGUUAUGGCCUGCUUUCAGGAGCUUGUCGUAUUCUCCUCUCCCCAGUGGAAGUUCAUACAAUGUUUUUGCAGGUCUUAUCAGCUAGUCAUCAUGCCUUUUAUCAGUCCAGUGAAAUGCUUGAAAACAAGCUCUCCAAUCUACCUAGCUAUAUUGAGGCCUUGGCAGAUAUCAUAUGCAACAUGAGUACUAUCAACGUUGGCAUUGUUGAGAACAUGCUGCAGCUUGCCCUGGCUCUUGUGGAGAAUUUUCCCUCUGUGUCAGUGUAUAAAACUUUUCUGGCUUAUCGUGCUUUGUUCAAGUUGUUCUAUGCAAUUCAUGGUAAAGCUGAAUAUUUUCAAGAUUUUAUUCAUUCUUUUGUGUAUAAAUCAAUCAUUCACACAUCCUCACAUGCCCCGGAAAUUGACUCUGUGAAGAAAGAGAGUGACUUAUGGAAGGAAUCCUAUGACAGUGAAGAAAGGGAAGGAAAAUGGGAGGGUUUUAAGAAAGAAGCUGUAACCUACAAGAACUAUUUGCCUCUAUGGAAGGCUAUCAUGAUGCCAGAGAAAGUGGCCUAUGUUAAAAUUCCAGGUGUUUCAGCUGCUUUAUUGACUGAAAUAAGCUCACAAUUAUAUUCAGAAUAUAUAUCAGCAACAAUUGAAAUAUCUGAAAAGUUGGACUUAUCUACAUUCAAGCAAGAAGAAAUUGAAAAAGAUGGCUCUACAAAUGAUAGCAGUGAUGUUGCUACUUCAGACCCAAUUUCUGGAUUAAGUGCAAAAACUCCUAAAGAUUUCCAGGUUUAUAUGAAUAUUAUUGCACUUUUGGAAGAAGUCUUACCACUACAGUAUGAAGAUCAGCUACAGGCUCAUGUCAGUCGUCUUUGCUGGUUUUUCAUUCGCUGCUCCUCUGAACAACCACUUGUCUCAGCUCACUAUACUUCCCUCACCACAAUUCUUGUGUGUGCACAGAAGAUUCACUACUUUGAGAAGAAAAAGGAUCCAGAGGUAGAGACAUUGAUUCAUCUGAUCACUAGUUACGUGAAGGAUGUGCUGCAGCGAUGCCGACAGUUAAGAGACCAACUCCUUGCAUCAUGCCUCACACUCAUUCUGAAACUUCCUGUCUGCAUAGUCAUAGAGAUCUUCCCCAGAUUAAUAGUUCCAUUACAAAUGGCCUUACACCUGGGUGUUAGCUACUUACCACUGGCUGAAGUAUGUAUAGCAGCUUUGUAUAAAUGGACUCAUAUUUUGCCCAGUGAUACACUGCACCAGCAUCUUCCAGUAGUACUCCCUCUCCUCCUCCCAUACCUUCAAUCCAAAGAGACUGGAGAAGUUGAGGUGCAAACAAGGGUUGUUACUGUGAAAAUGGCUUUUGCAAAUCAAAAACGGAAAGUAGAUCAAAAGAAAAUACUUUCUAGCAAACAGGUUGAUGAUACAGCAAUGAAAAAGAUUCAGUCUUCAAUUUUGCAACUGAUUGGUGGGCUGGACCCUAGCCUAGGUCAGUAUGUGAUCCCUCAAGAUUCUGACUGCUUGGCUGCUGCUGCUGUGCGCUGGGAUUGCCAAAAGCACAUCAGAUUUGCUAUGCCUUUUGGGCAAGCCAAAAUUGAUGUGUAUCUCGAUGACCUUCUUCCCAGAGUUGUAGAUCUUGCCUUAAAUUCAAGUGACAGACAGACAAAAGUUGCAGCCUCAGAACUUUUACAUUCUAUAGUCAUUCUCAUGAUUGGCACAGGUUCUCAGCAACAAGAAGAUAUUCAGGCCAAAUAUCCUAUGGCUGCCCUGUACCACCACAUUUUCCAGGCCAUGCUGCAACUUGCUUGUGACCCUGACCAAGUCACUCGCCAGCUGUUCUUCACACUCACUCACCAGACAAUUCAUUGGUUUACCAACAAUAGAAAAUUUGAAAAUCCCGAUACUGCAGUUCUCUUGGAGUCAAUAAUGGAGGGAAUAGUGACUGCCAACAAUCCAGCUCUAAGGGAUGUCAGCGCCCAGUGUCUGGCAGAGUUUGUGAUAUGGUCACGCAAGCAGUCCCCUGAGAAGAACCAAGCAUCAUUAAACUUAAAAUCAAUUCUUAAGAGGAUAUUCUCUUUUUGCAAGCAUCCAAGUGCAUUUAAACGUCUGGGUGGAUCGCUGGCUUGGAACAGCAUAUAUCGUGAGGUGCGGGAAGAUUCCUUGGCAGUAGAGAUGUGGACUCUGGAAAUAUUAAGUCAUUUGAUGUCAGCCCUUGACUUGGCCCAAAAUGAUGAUCCUGCUUUAGGUACUCAUGAACAGACCAGAGCAGCGAUUCUGCACGUGAGACGCAUUUUAAUAGUGAGAAAAGAACUAUUCUGGAAGACAUCAUCAAAUCGUAGGAUUCCAGUAGACUUUGAAGGUGGAACUUUUGAAGACAUGCUACUUUGGUUGUUGGAGCAAUGUGGCAGUCCCAAGACCCUUGUGAGACAUAUAAGUAUGGAACUUCUUGAAUCUCUAGCACCUCACAGUAAAGAUCAUACAUCUGUUCAUAAGUUUAUUGGACAACAACUGGAAAAGCCUGAGAACAUAAAGAAGUUAGUGGAUAUUACUGAAGGAGGUGGACAGGCAGGAUUGGGCAUUAAACACCACGCAAAGCCAACGUCCCUGGCCAGUACUGAAGUUACAGGAAAUCUUAUGAAUAUUUAUUUUGAGGCUUUAUUAGCUGCUCUAGAUUGCUAUAGCUGGUUGAUUGGAAAAGGAAUUGUUCCAGCUGACAAACUGUUGAAAUGGAAAGAGAGUAAGAUACUAUGUGCCUCUUCUUACUUCCUUCAGAACAUAGCUACAAAGUCAUUACCUCAGUAUGUGAAAGAAAACCUCAUAGUAUCUGAAACUGGAUCUGUAAGAAAUCCACUUGAAUAUGAAGCCUCAAACAAGUUGAAAUGUACUGUGAUUGUGCGACUGUUUGAUUUUGUUUGUGUCUUGUUGCAAGAUGGAGUACAGUCUGUACAGCUCCUAAAUGAAUGCUCCAUCUUUACUGCAGAUAUGUAUGAUUUAAUACUUCAAUGUGUUCUGAACCCAUCCAAUGUCGGAUUUGAUAUUAAAGACACAGAAGUCACCAAACACUUACCGUCACGUAUGGAAGAAGUAUUAAAAGUUAUGAAAAAGAAAGUUCCAAAUGAAGUAUCUGCAGCCUUUAUCCAAACUCUUGAAAAAUAUUUAGAAAAUCCCCAGUAUGAUGUGUUGGAAACAUUUACAUCACCAUUGGCUGAAGGAGUUAAUGUUCCUUUAAAAAACCAGCAUAUCAUUGAAGGCCUCCAGAUCUUACAGAGAAGUGGGUGGCUGGCACAAUGUUCUGUGAUAAGGAAGUCUUUGGCAUCUCAGCUGAUCAUGUGGUUGUGUAACUCUUUAUUCACUGUGCAUGGAAGUGCAUCAGCUCCACACCCAACUCAACUGCCUUUCUUACAUGUUGUUCUAGAUUUUGCUGUUACUCUCGACUCACAGGUGCUUGAGUUGCUGGUGAAACAAGUCACAAAUAUGGAAGAGGUUAAAGGUAUUACUGGGCAAAAAAUUGAAAAGGGGUUCCACAUAUUCAAUAUUCUUGGCAACAAGAUAAUACCCCACAUCUUGCCUUGCUGUGACCUGAUUGUUACUACAUUGCUAGAACUUGUUAAGGAAGGAAAAUUUCUUGAGGUGAUGAGUUUCAAUGGCAUAUUACUGAACACACUCAUAAGGAAUUCUGAACUUAGGAAAAAGCACUCAGUAAAAGUGGUCCAAGCUUUCCUGCACCAUUGGAACACAUACUCCACUGAAGCUGGGAAAUCAAGCAUCCAUCAAGAGUCCAUUAUGGAUUUGUUGUCUUCACUUUUCUUAGUAGACCGAGAAGGUACUAUGAAGGCACACUGUUCUGCUGAAGAUGCUGAUGUAUUAAAGUUCUACAGAAGGCUUUUGAUUGAUGAUAAAGCAAUGCUCAGUAUGAAAAAUAAGGCCUUGAAGCUUCUGCCAUUUUUCCUUACCAUGUCUAAACAAGUUUCCAAGUCCAUCAGUGAGGAUUUGGAAAUGGUCAGUUUCAAGCAUUUCCCCAUGCAGUCCUCAGAAUUUUCUGUUGGAGGAACUCGUGAUCGAGAUUAUCAUCAAGCCCUGAGUGAAAUACUGACUGCUCUUGAACUGUCAUUAUCUUUAGAACUUCUCAAAUUCAUUCUUCAAGUGUUUUGUAAUGAAGAUAAGCACCGAUAUGAAGAAGCAUUUAAUGUGUCACUGGAGAAAUUCAUUAAAAGACAACACGUUUCCAAACAGAUUGAUACCUUGAAAUUUGUCUAUGACAUGUAUGCAAACCAGUCUCAUGGCAAGCAGAAUAUAAGAUAUAACAUCAUGGAGAAGGUUCUGAUUCCUUUGCUGCAACUUUCUGAUUUGACAGCAAUAGUCUCCUUUUGCAUAGAUGUUAUCAAACCAGUAAUGGCAGGGAUGUCGCUCACGAUUCAAGGAAGGAAUGAAGAACAGCAGAAACUGUUGGUCACUAAAAUUGGAAGCUUCAAGAUUCUGCAAGUAUUAUUUUCUCGUCUCCCUCGGGAAAGAAUCUUCAAUCCUGGCUCAGAGAUUAAUGCUGCAUAUCAACCCAGUGAUACAUCAGGAAAAGAGCUGACUAAAGAUGUUUUGCGACAGUCAUCAAAAGUUUCCAAAGGAGAACUCAGACAUGAUCAGACUCAGGCAGAAUUUCGGAGGCGCUGUGCUUGUGCAGCAUACAACACUCUUAUAGCUGUUCUAGUUUGUGUCAAAGAUGAUUUAAAAUUCUAUACCAGCCUCUUAUUUAGUGCAAGUCCUACUAAAGGGGAAGCUAUUUGGGAAUGUCUCAUUGACUGCAACAAGAAUUUACAGUUUGAUAUUGAGAUAAAUUUGAAUCCUGGAAGCAAGAGAAGAUUUGUUGCUGUACGGAAGAACUUGAAAGAAACCAAUCAAAGUUCUGGUAAGGGUGCUGCAGGAACAGUUCAGUAUUUGGCCUCCCACUAUCUUGAUGACAGCAGUUUGCGGGAAGACCUCAGCCAGUUUGACUUCAGCAAUUCUGUCGUCUUAUCCAUGUCACAGAGAGAAGAUAAUCAGUACAGAAUUGAUGCAUCCAAUGAUGAAACUGGUGAACUGUUGGUGAUGAAUUUUGAACAGAGUGACUACAAUGAGCAUGAAGUUAUGGCCAACCUUACAGCAGCCAUAUACCAUAUGGUGGAUGCUAAAAUUAUGGUGCUGCACAAAGAGGAUUCUAUUCCAUCGGCUGCUGAGGUCCCUCCUUGGAUGACAAUUAUACGGUCAAAGCUAGAGAGCGGAGAGACACACAGAAAUGUGAAAUUGUUUUUACUUCGCUUGAUGAUGAACACCUCUAAAGUGUUUGCUCCUUAUGCAGUUCACUUUAUUAACCCAGUUCUCACUUGUUUGGUUGAUGGAACUACUGGUGACAGAAUAAAUUAUUUCUUCUCUGAUCUGAUUGUGAUGGUGAUGGGAUGGGGCAAGAAAGCAGGAUCCCAAGAUAGCACCAUGGGAAGAAAUAUGGUUUCGAGAGUCCUUCGCUUCCUGUGCAGCAACACACCACACAACAGAGCAGAUAUCUUCAGAUACAACAUAGAUGCUGUUAAGUCAGUGGUAGAGUGUUGGAGAGCAGUGUUAACAGUUCCCUAUACAAUUAUUUAUUCUUUAAUGGAAGUGAGUGAUGGAAGAAAUAAGGAGCAAGAAGCUGGGUUAAACCUUUUAGGCAUCAUGCUUGCUAAUGGUUUGGCUCCCUACACUGAAGGUUCUGUGGCUGAGAAAACAAAGUGUGAAAAGAUAUUAUUGAAACUGCUUGAGGCUCACUAUGCCAGUGUGUAUGGUGCUGCAGCUGAAGUGGUGGGCCUUGUGUUGAAGUUUCAGAACUCCCAAAGUGAAGAUUGUGGUGAAGCUUCAUUUGAAGAAAAUGUCACAAGGAAAGUAUUGGAAAUUAUGCAUUCAAAGCAAGGACAAGGCAUUACAGUAAUUUACAAAAUACACUUGCAUUUUCCAGCAAUCUUAAAAAGGGUAAUCAACAGGCUUCUGAGUGUCUUGCCAAAUUUAUAUGGAAUAUUUUGCACCAGAGUUUUGGAGUGUUUGGCAUCUUACUCCUCAUCCAUGGAAGAUAUUUAUUCAUACCUUAAAGAGCAUAAUGUUCUUGGAUUGCUAUCAAAAAAGGAGGAAUCUACUCAGCUGGUGUCCCUUGAGUUGGUCAAUGCUGCACUGCCCCGUCUCAGUCCAUCACAGGUGUUGUACUUUCUGCCAGGAAUUAUGGGAUUUGCCACUCACCCAGGAGCAAAGUGUCGUGAAAUGAUGUAUGAUAUUUUGUUUUGGAUACAUGAUAACUUCAGGAAUAGUUCUAGCAGUGAAGGAAGCCAAAUUGAAGCUAAGACAAGAGUUAGUUUGUUGCAAGCUGUCAAGGAAAAAGAUGCUGCAUUGCGACAAACUGUCUUGAACUUUUGGUUGGAACGUUGCCAAGACAUGGCUCUGCAUGAUCGGGUCCUGCAUAUCCUAAAGAUGAUAUACAGCCCAGAAACUGAGGACUCCUUUCUUGAACUGGCAAUGUACAUUAUUCUGGAAGCAACAAGAUACUCUGCUGACUAUCAGCGAGACAUUUUCCAGCAUCCACUGACCCUCUGCAAAUUCAGGGAAAUGAAAGUGAGUACUGCUUGGAGAGCACGCCAUGCCUCUAUGAUUCCACUCUUCAUGGAUACUCAAGCCAGCAAUGACUCAAGUCUGAGAAGCUUGACCCAGAGUACUGAGGCAGAGGAUGAGGUGGAUGGCCCUAGAGGAGUUGCUGCAACACAGGCUAAUGUCUUCUCGGCCACACAGCAAACUGGUGGAACAUAUAACUGGGUCACAGAAUCUACAUUUGACACUUCACUGGCUGACAUGGAGUAUGUAGCCACCCAUGCACCAAUCCAUGGGUCUGCUAGUGGACCCAUGUUCAAUGUGGGUGCUCAUGAUAAAAAGAAUAUGAAUCGUUACAAGAAACCAGGUAUAGGAAACACUCGUAUGCAGCCAGCAGAAACAAGUACUACAACAGAUUCUGGAAACAUGAAGUCAAAGUUGUUGAGGAAACGUUUCUACAAAGACCAGGAUCGGGAGAAGCAAACCAUUUUCUUUGCAAAACUGGAAGAACGACGAAAUAAAAUGAGAACAACCCUUGAAAUGGAGAGGAAAUUACGUAGAGAGGCACAGGUGACAAUGUACCGGCAGUAUCGUGUUGGAGAGCUUCCGGAUAUUCAGAUUCCUCAUCGGGCUCUGAUUGCUCCUCUCCAAGCUUUGUCACAGCGUGACAAUAAAGUUGCUCAACUGCUGUUCGAUGUGGUAGUGCAAGCAGUUGUGGAUAAUGCAGACAACUUGAUGACUCGUGGAGAGAAAGACACCUGGAUACAACAACUGCAUGAUUCUGUCAAUGUCAUCAUAUCAAACAGUUACAUAUGCAAUCCAGACAUGCUGAGGGCUGUUCUUCAUCUUGUUAUCAAUAAUGACAUAAUUGUCAGUCCAGAUGCAUUGGCUGCUGUCUGCUUAGGAGGUCAUUUGGAAGCUUUAGGUGUUUUGGUCUUGGAAAGGCAAGUUCUUUUGGCCCAGAAGGGGUUAGGAAAAGAUCUUCCUCCACCACAGAAGAAACUGAAAAUUGAUUCAAGUAGCCAAUUGAAUACUUCCACAUGGAUUAAUAUGGCAGAGUUGUACAAAAGCCUUAGCAUGUGGGAUGUAGUGCGUGGCAUAAUUCAUAGUAAACUUGGAAAAAUCAAAUCUGAGACGAGAGAAGCUUUAGAAGCUGAGGCAACCAGUGAUUCUGUGCAAGCUUUUGUCUUUUACCGCACUGCUCUCAACACCCAGUGGGCAGAAGAACCAGACCCAACUGAGGUACAUUUGUGGGAGGAAUGCUAUUCAUCAUGUGCUGCGAAGCUUGGACAAUGGUCAGAGCUGGAAAAAUUUGUGGAAAAUCGGCUUCUAAAAGAUGAAGCAGGCCAGGUAUCACUGAAUCAGGUGUGGACCCUUCCUCGCCCCACUGUUAGUGUCCUUCCUUCCUUGGUUAAUUCCAAACUGAUGAAUGUCUUAGAUGGCUCUGAAUCUGAUGGGAAUCUCAUUGCUUUCAUUGACAGUGCUCUUGGGGAACCAAACCACAGAGAUUUGUUAGAAAGCACCCUGCCUCUUCAGCUAGCCAUCAUGUCAGUACAUCAACAGAAAAUGGCACAAGCUCAACACUAUGUUGCUCUAGCCACAUCAAAAACCCUUCUUACUCUUGCUCAGUCUACUUUGUUAACUCCUAAGCCUCUUGCAGGUACUGUAAGGAACAUACAACUAAUCACAGAGCUUGUAGAGUUCUUAGAGGCAUUAGAUUAUAUUCAUAGUGAAAAUUAUCCAAACAAAGUAAGAAGAACAGUAAAGAAUUGGAAGACCCAAGAGACAAGUCUUACUGAUUCAUCAGUGUUAAUGCAGUUUUUAUCAUCAUAUAGAGACCUCUAUUUUCAGUUUCUAGAAAAUGAAUUGCCACAGGAUUGCCAUGAGGAUAUUCCAAAGCUCAUGAAGGAUGCUAAAACUUCUCUUCAUAAGUCUCUUAUUAAGACUGCACUAAUGAAUAGAAAUUAUCAUUUGGCAAAUAGACAUCUAAAGAAGUUAAAACCAUUGUGUGGAGAUAAUCAAGAACUUGCCAAAUUCUAUUUCCUCAUGACAGAAACAAAUAUUCAAAGAGGUCGCAGCAGACCUCAGAAUCGUCUGCAGUACCUAGUAGAGGCUUGGGUAAAGUUUUUAGGUAAAGUUACUUCAAUGCCAGUUCUAGAACAGGAUGCAACAAUAGAAACUGAGUAUUUAAUGCUGGAAAGCUCCUUGUGUGUUGAAAUUUCAGAAGCCAUGAAGGAGAUGGGAAACUCAUGGCAAGAAGAUAAUGAAUAUGUGAAAAGUUUAGCAGUGAAGUUCCCAAAUGCCAAAGAUAAAUCAUCGUGGUAUAAGGAACUUCUUUCCUGUAGCUACAAAAGCUUGAAGUUGGCUGUUAAUUGUGGUGAAGAGAAGUUUAUGCAGCAUAGCAAUCUUGAUGAAGCAGCACAUUCUCAAGGUAAAGAUAUUUACAUAACCUUAGCAAAGUACUGUGAAGACUGUUUAGAGAAAUGGAAAGAGAGCAUUGAUGUUUCAGAUUAUGCAGACACCCUUGUCAUGUCUGUCCUGAGAGCUAUGGCACUAGGAUCACGUGAGGCACAUUUUCACUUCCCUCGUGUAAUCAACUUGAUGAGUGAUGAUUCAAGUCUAGUGGCAACUUUUAAGAAAGAAGCUGAGAAAGUACCUGUUUGGAUGUUUUUGUUGUGGAUCAAUCAUAUCUUGAUAUAUGUUGACAAAUUGUCAGGUGAAGCUUUGCAGCCAAUUGUUGAGAAAUUAGCCUUGGAAUAUCCUCAAGCCAUUGCCUAUCCAUUUAGGAUCAGCAUGCAGCAGUAUGACUUUUCAGGGAGUGUUGGAAAAGCUGCACAAGCAAUGUGUCAGAGAGUUGAGGCUUCACUUUGCAGAAACAGUCUGUUUCAUCAUUUUGUUACUGCCAUGUCACUGGUAGUCAUGCCAGAAAAUGCCUUGAAAAAGUCUUUCAAGAAUAUCCUGCAUAUAAAGAAUAAAGAAGAGAUUGAAGCUGCCUUAAACAAUCUAGUGGCUGAUCACUUAAAGGUAAAUAAUAGAUCUACUAGAGGCAUGGCAGGAGAAAAAGGAGAAGUAUUUUGUAAAGUUGACAAGCUUAAGAAAGAUGUUGAUGUGGCUCUAACUAAAGAAUUUGGUGAAAAAAUGGAAAAAUUAAAGAGAAUGCCUGUAGAAGAAAUAAAGAAGAAAUUAAAUAAUAUUAAAAUUGUAUUGAACCAAAGGAGAAAAAAAGAAAAUUCACCAAACCAAUUAAAGGCUUACUCUCCUUGGUUAGCCAAUUAUCAAGCUUCAAAACAUUCUGAUGUGCUUGAAAUUCCAGGUCAGUAUUCAGGGGUGUCUAAACCUUUGCCAGAAUACCACGUUGAUAUAUCAAGCUUUGAUGAAAAGGUCAUGCCAAUGCAGUCACUGCGAGUUCCUCUCAGAAUAGUUAUAAGAGGAAGUGAUGAAAAGGACUACACAUAUUUAGUUAAGUGGGGUGAGGAUCUUCGAACAGAUCAGAGAAUGCAACAGGUGUUCACUCUUAUGAACUCUAUGUAUUCUAGUUCUCCAUUAUGUGCUCAUACAUCAUUCCACCCCUCUUUGGAUACUUACCAGGUUAUUCCACUCUCCUCAGAAGUUGGAAUGUUGAAAUGGGUAGAAUGUACUCAACCAUUACAAGGCUUCAUACAGGAUUCACUUAAAGAGGGUGAAGAAAAAUGUUUAGUUGAAGCUGACAUGUUUUACAAGACAGAAGAACCAUGGGAUUUUCAUAAGAAAACAACAGAUAAGAGACGAAUGAAGAGGUAUGAAGAUAUCGUGAAUAGGAUCCCAUGGGACAUUUUAAGGCGAGGCCUAGCAAAGCUGUCAAGCAGCAGUGAAGGAUUCUUCUCUUUACGAAGUCUGUUUGCAAACAGUUAUGCAACCAUGUGUGUAUCCCACUGGCUCCUUGGGAUUGGUGACCGUCAUUGUGGUAAUACUUUAGUGAGCCUGAAAACUGGCAGAGUAGUGGGCAUUGACUUUGGACACCAUUUUGAAACAGCUGUCCAGGUACUUCCUGUUCCUGAGCUUAUGCCCUUCAGACUUACUCCUCAAAUAGUAAAUGUUUUUCAGCCUUUGGGUCCUGUUGGCAUGAUAAAAGAUGUAAUGGUAGCUGUUUUAGGAGCUCUCCAGGAAUCCCGUCAUGUGAUUCUUUCAGUGUUGGAAGCAUUUGUAAAGGAACCAACAGAAGAUUGGAUAGAGUUUGUCAGGGAACAAGAGGGAAGUUCAGAUGAAAGUAAAAUAGAAAUGUUCUCUGAAGAACGCAUGAGGUGCCUCAAGGAAAAACUCACUGGGUUCAAUCCUGCAUAUAUCACAGUAUGGGCAUUAUCAAAAAACAAAGCUGUCAGGAGAGAUCCUACUGCUUUGGAAGAUCUUAAAAAAGUAGUUCUUGGCUCAAACUAUGAAAGUGCUCGAGCAAACAUGAGCAAGACGGGGCUCACCAUUCACCAGCAAGUAGAUGUUCUCCUGGAGCAGGCAACAGACCCCAACAUACUUGGACGAACUUGGGUGGGUUGGAAACCAUUCAUUUAGAUAAAAGCUAUUAUUGUAAUGAUUUUAUUGAUGAAUAUCAAGGAAAUAUAUAUUUAUUACUAUCAUUUUGCUAGAUGAAAAUUGAGUUUAUAGUGAUUGAUAUAAAUUUAAAUGAUUUUAUUGGAAAGUUAUUAAGAUUCACUGAAAUCAUGGCAUCCAAUUGCAGUCCAAGCAGGAUUGGAAGAGUAUCCAUUUUUCCCCUUGUAAAAUAUAUACAGUAUAUAUAAGAUUUAAUUUACAUAUUUGUUUUUUUCUAAUGCUUUUCCUUUUUUGUAAGAGAUAAUCUUUUCAGACUUAUAAUUUUUUGGAGUUACCUUUUUAGUUUUAAAACUUGUAUGUAUAGUUAAACAUUUUAUUGGGUAUACAUUCAUUAAUCUUGUAGUGAAACAUAUUAUGGAUUAUGUACAAGAUAUAUCUACAAAUGUACAGUUUCUUAUGCAUUACAUAAAUGCCUCAUUACAGCUUUUUGCACUAACUUGCAUUUUUCAAAUGUGACGUAUGUAGAAUUAUACACAAUGAUCAAGAGAUGAACCCUUCAAGAUGUGAUUUUUAAAUAAAUUUUUGUGUUUUUUUAAGGUACAUAUUGCAUAGUGAUAUGGUGUUAUCUGAUUAGAAUUUCCAUUGUGAACAUAUUUUCAUAACUACAAUUUUUUAUAUAAAAUAUAUCACUUUA